UGGGCGGCGCGGGAGGAGGGCUGCUGGGAGCGCCCGGCCUGCACUGGCCGCCAGCCACCGAGAGGAGGAGCAGAGGAUCCUCGGAGCGCAAUAAAACGGCGGCUCGGCCCGAGCCCGCAGCAAACACAGCCAUAGAAGGCAGCGGAGGAGCCCAGCCGGGCUGCGCUCGCUCGCCGCCCCCCAGCCUCUUUCUUCUCCGCCGGGUGCACUGCCCCGCACUCUCCCCUCGCCGCUUCCCCCCGACACAAAGAGGACAGAAAGUUUGCGCGGGGGAGCGGGCCAGGUGAGGAGGGGCGUGCCCGGCCCCCCAGCCCGCGCCACAGCAGCCGGACACAGGCCCCCAGCGCGCCAUGGGCGCCGCGGCCCGCAGCCUUCGCCUGGCGCUCGGCCUCCUGCUGCUGGCCACGCUGCUGCGCCCCGCCGACGCCUGCAGCUGCUCCCCGGUGCACCCGCAACAGGCGUUUUGCAAUGCAGACGUAGUGAUCAGGGCCAAAGCAGUGAGCGAGAAGGAGGUGGAUUCCGGGAACGACAUCUACGGCAACCCCAUCAAGAGGAUUCAGUAUGAGAUCAAGCAGAUAAAGAUGUUCAAAGGACCUGACAAAGACAUCGAGUUUAUCUACACGGCCCCCUCCUCGGCAGUGUGUGGGGUCUCGCUGGACGUUGGAGGAAAGAAGGAGUAUCUAAUUGCAGGAAAGGCAGAAGGAGAUGGCAAGAUGCACAUUACCCUCUGUGACUUCAUUGUGCCCUGGGACACGCUGAGCACCACCCAGAAGAAGAGCCUGAACCACAGGUACCAGAUGGGCUGUGAAUGCAAGAUCACACGCUGCCCCAUGAUCCCAUGCUACAUCUCCUCCCCGGAUGAGUGCCUCUGGAUGGACUGGGUCACAGAAAAGAGCAUCAAUGGGCACCAGGCCAAGUUCUUUGCCUGCAUCAAGAGAAGUGACGGCUCUUGCGCGUGGUACCGCGGGGCGGCACCCCCCAAGCAGGAGUUUCUUGACAUUGAGGACCCGUAAACAGGCUGACAGAGCCCCUGCGGCCAAUUGAAAAGCCUCUGAGGGUUUAGACUGGUCCAGCUCUGACAUCCCUUCCUGGAAACAGCAUGAAUAAAACAUCAAUCAUCCAAGUGGGUUCACGCUAGUGUGAUUCUGCAACCCCCCCCAAUUUUCCCUAAACAUGGUUGUGGGUCUGGAGGGGCAGGUGGGCCAGAGUCCCUGCCACACUCCCUCUGUCUGCCAGGCUGAGCACUGUGUGUCUCAGUCUUUGAUCCUUGGGUACCGGCAGGAGUGGAAAACAGACUUUUUACCAGGUCUCCUUGACACUGUCCCAUACGGCUGGCAGGCAACAUUUAAGGGUCCCCUAGCCCUUUGGGAGCAGAGCCUGGGAAUGUGCAUUUUGCAGAAACGCUUGACGGUUGUUGUGAGACUGUGUAGCCGGCCUACCAGGUCCUUUUCAUCCUGAGAGGGACAUGUCCCUCGCUUUCUGCAGUGGCCACCCCUCUGGCCCAAGGUCUCUCGCCCCUUGCAAGUCCCCCCCCCACCCAUCUCCUCUGCACCUGAUAUGGACUCUGGGCACCAGGGUCUCGCUCGAGUCCAAGAGUAGCCCUCCAACCAGUGAUUCAUUUGUCCAGGAGUCCCAGUGGAGCCUGUGAACCCACACACUUCCAGUGGCGCCCCUUGUGCUGGUGGGAAUGGGAGCCCUCCCUGAGCCAUGUUUCUGGCUGCAGCCAAGUCAUUUCUGUCCUACCCUUCCCCAUCUCCACUCAUCCCCUACUGGGGAGUCUGUGAGGUCUCAUGCUGGAGGCAAGAAUCUGUGUGAGGGAUGCUUGGCUGUCCUUGCUGUCGCUCCUGGGCCUCUUGAGCUAUUUUUGACCCCUUUCCGAGUGGCUUUGGGUGUCUGGGUUGAGCAGCACAGCUCUGCUUUCUGCAGCAUCACACCCUGCUGCCAUUGGGAUGCUGGUAGCACCCACCCACCCCCCCUUUUUUUUUUUUUUUGCACAAAUGGAAGGUGUAAGAGGCUAGUCCUAUAAGACCCCAACAGAAAAAUUCUAGUGGAACCUCCCUGCUACACUGGCCAUCAUUACUUCAUGUGGAUUUCUGCAGUGUUACUAACCAAGCACAUGAACCCGCACACCGAGAGCCUGAGUGCAGCUCUUACCAAGCGGCUUGUUCUUAGAGAGGUCUCAUUCUCCUAAGCUACCGUAUGAGGCUGAGGGCCAAGUGCACUCACUUCUGCCUCUGUCUCUUUAUGUCACAGAGGCUACUUUACCUGUUCAAGGCCCUUAUAGGGAACUGGGGUGCCUACCUGCUCCCUAAAAAAUUGACUUCCUGAUGCCAGUAGGGUAGGGGUUAAAACAGGCAGAACUUUGUCACUAACAAAACAGAGAUAGUCACUCUUCCUCCUACCCAAAUCUUAAAAAUAAGUUGUCCUGAGGACACACAGGUAAGUUAUCCAAACAUGCACGCAUAUGCUCACAUAAAAACAGACUCAGAAGUCUGGCAGCCUGUGAGUGGCCCUUUUGUAAGAUGCUUCCAAGGAUCUCUAUCCUCCUACCAUGUCCUAACCAUCAGAAACCCCAAAGCAGCUGUUAAGAUCUGCCCCCCCCCCACUAGCCACACCCCCACACCCGGAUCUGGCAGCUCAGAACUCAAUUACUUCCCAUUUCAGACAGACUUGGGGUGGGGGGGUUCCCCGGGACUCAGCCUGUGCGCCUGAGGACAUUUUCAUGUUUGCAGUGAUGUUCUUCCCAGGAUGCCGUCAUGGACCAGCCCACGAGACCCUGCAGUCUAUCCUGGCCUGCCUCUUUGCUUCCUGUGCAGUGGUAUCAUGUGUAACAAUGCCCAUUUCUGCUGACUUCUUGACAUGUUCUGGUUUGUUCCUGAUGUUCGCUGUGAGCAUUCGUGUGCUGUGUUUAUGCCCUUGGUAGCAUUAGACUUUGCACUUUUUAAAAACAAAAGUUUCGGCAUCGAGGAAGCAUUUGACCCAGAGUGGAAAACAUAGCACGACAGCUGUCUGGGGCCGAGGAACCCUUCAUAUCCUUGAGUUCUUUGAAUAUCUGUUUUCCCAGCCCCCUGACUCCUGUGCCUGCUUCAAAUCAUCAUGAAGGAAGGAAUCUCUGAGUAGAUUGGUUCUAAAAGAUGGCCUUUAUUAUUUCCUACUCACCUUGAUUUUUCUAGCCACACCAGGCAGAUAAGAGACAAACACGCAAACGAUUGGGACAAAGUGCCAGACAGAUGGCAGCUGAGCAACAGCCACUCAAAUGCCUUCGCAGCAAGUCGACUGCAAUGUAUAGUUUAAGGGGUAUGUCCACUUGGCAUUGUUUAAUUUGGCAGUGUUGUGUUCUAAGCACUGGGCUUUCCUCCCUCUUAUCUCCAUCAUGCCAGCAACUCGAAAUAUUUCAGAUGACGUUUACACAGUAUGUAUUUCCAAAUCUCCGCUUGACGCAUAUUAAGGCAUAUCUGUGAGCUUGCCGCGUAAUUUAAAGCUUUGUUGAUUUUGUUUCCGUUUAAACUCUUGGUUGUUGGGGGGGGGGGAGAACCGUGUUCAUGAUGCAAUAUGAAGUCUGAGACGAACCCCCUGCACGCCAUGCUGGCAACACCUGAGAGUUGUUGAAAGGCAAGGAGCCAGCUGCACGCGUCUCUGAUGCUUUGUACCGGUUUUUAUUUUUAUUUUUGAGUGAUUGCUCUGUCAAUGGACAAUAAACCAUAUUAUCAAAGAGAA